CGGCUGUGAUUGGCGACUUAGUCCAGGGAGGCCAUCGGCUCCAGGUCGGGCGCGAUGGCGGUGUGGAAGCUUCUGGAUCGGUUUUUGGUUUUGUGGCAGUUGCUCGGGCUGCUGAGGGGCGAUUCCCUGAGCACCAAGGAACCUGACGGAAUGCUGUCACCCAAAGAUGCUGUAUUUCCAUCCACCCUAGGCACCACGCCUGCUCAUCUAGCAGACUCAAUAACCACAGAACCGUCUUACCUGUCAAAGUGCCCCAGUGCUGGAUUGUGUGUCAAAUUGGACCCAGUUUGUAUGAAUUGUAUGCAGCUUUGGAACUGCACCUAUGGAAAGGAUGUAUCAUUCAACUGUACAGUCAAGCCACGUGUACAUUGCACAGAUGAAAAUAAGGUGGAACAGAAAACAUUUCAAAUUACAAUGAUCUGCCGGUUCUGUUGGCAGCUGCCACCUACUGAGUACCAGUGCAAAGAAACCACCAAAUGCAAGACAGUGCAGUGCCCGCGAGAAUAUUUCAUUUCCAACUGCACGACUUUGGAACAUGUGCAUUGUCUUGGUAAUCGUACGUUUCAAAAGAAGAUGUAUUGCAAUUGGACAGGGGGUUACAAAUGGUCAACUGCUUUGGCUCUAAGCAGUGACUUACUUGGAGCCUUGUCGAAUAACUUCUGGAAGUCUUAUUUAACCAACAUCCAUAGACACUUCCUUAUCUACCGUGUCAAUUACCUCAAAAAAAAUUCAGCAUCACAUUGGGAGGGUUUGGAGCUGAUCGCUUCUAUUUGGGCCAGUGGAAGGAGGGUCUUGGCAAACUCUUCAGCUUCGGAGGGCUUGGAAUAUGGACGUUGAUUGAUGUGCUGCUGAUUGGGAUUGGAUAUGUUGGUCCUGCAGACGGCUCUCUGUACAUCUGAGCUGAAGAAGAAGCCUUGCCCCGCGACGGCCCUGAAUUGUACAAGUGACAGCGCCAUACGGAAUUAUGGAACAACAGUUGCUGGAAAGUGAUGGGAAAGCGUGCUGCUGUUGUGUGCACUAUUUGUACGGAGAUAAUUUUCAAGAUGAUUUGUGGACAAUUCAACCAGAUGCAUUGGCUUCCUGUUGCUUCCAGGUUUUGUUGGCUAAUGAUCACUGAAAUGACCAGUGAAGACAUCCCUGGGACCCUGUUGUGGUUUGUUGCUUUUUCCACUGAUUAUUCCCUUGAUUUGUGCAGAUUUUGAUUGAGUCCUUCUGUGGAGGGCUGCAGACAAUUUGGUAUGGCAAGGAUCCAAUAUUUUCAAGAAAAACACUGAUUCAAAGUAAUGAUCCUGUCAAGAAGUGGAAUUUCACAAAAAAAGGAAUUCCCUGGACAUGAACAGUGCUGAAAAAGUUUGAAGUUGUUUGGCACUUUAUUACAACUUUUUCUAUAAGUUACGUUUCACUCGAGAUAAUAGAAAAAAAGCAAAUAAAGAGUGGUGAAUGGUGGUAGGGUAAUCACAGGACUGCACAUCACCAAAUUGUGGGCUUUUUCAGCCCAGCAAACUGGGCUGUUUACUGGAAUUGUUGUGCCAUGAUGAAAGCACAAUAACUUCUGAUACGUCGCACAACAUGGUGAGAGGGUGGAAGGGUGUACCUUUAGAAUUGAGAUGGAUACCUGUUUGCUUCCAUUUCAGUUCAGUGUCGAAAAGUAACCUCUGACUUAAUUGCACGUGGCUGUGUGCUAGGUUACGUGCCUGAGAGUAACACACAACUAAUGCAGUCUGGAUUGAGCUUAUCUGACCUUUUGCUCUGGGAACUCAAAACCAUGGGAGAACUGUUACUAUGCUUCUGACAGCACCAGAAUGUUGGCCAGAGAGUGGAAUUAGCAGAUGCAUACAAUAAUGGGAACCCCCUUGUGUGGCAUGGGAGAGCAGGAGAAGAGUGAUCUAACCAUUAGAAUAAUCUAAUAUAAUGAUGCAUCCUUGUGUAAAUAAUCAAAUAUCAAAAUGAAACUCCAGUCUCAGGCACUGUUGCAGCAAACUGAGCUGUAAUCUGAUUUCGAUGCAGCUGAUAAUCCUUUUCUAAGACAUGUAGUGAAGUAGGAUAAAUUGAUCACUAAUUUCAACCAUCUGCAGCCUGGUACAGGUGUUUCAAACCAUCUUAAAAAUCAGCAGGAAAAUUAUGGUAAAUUCUUAUUUAUACACUUUUAUCAAGAUGGCUGGUCUUCUGUGAUUACUAAUAUUGCCUGAGCUACAGGUAGCUGGAUUGAGACGAAGGGAUUUACUGUACUGUAUUCUUACAAAAAUGUGAAAAUAAACAUUGCUGUAUCAAUAUUACCCAUAA